AAGGGGUUCAGUGGUGCCUGCCACCCAAGUUCUUUUCUCUCAGGUUCUUGCUGCUUUUAGCCAUGACUUGGAGAGUCCUCUUGUUGACAGCUGUGGCCUUAUGUCGUGGGUUCAACCUGGAUGUUGAAAAGCCGAUGACUUUUCAAGAGAAUGCAAAGGGCUUUGGGCAGACUGUGGUCCAGUUUGAGGGGUCCCGGGUGCUGGUUGGAGCUCCCCAGGAGAUAGGGUCCACCAACCAAACAGGUGGCCUCUACCAGUGUGACGUCAGCACGGGCAGGUGUCAGCCCAUCCACCUGCAGGUGCCUCCAGAGGCUGUGAACAUGUCCCUGGGCCUGUCCUUGGCAGCUGCCACCAACCCCACCCAGCUCCUGGCCUGUGGUCCCACUGUGCAUCAGACCUGCAAGGAGAACACAUAUGUGAAUGGCUUCUGCUUCCUGUUUGGACCCAACUUGCUACAGCAGCCUGAGCGGUUCCCAGAGACCCUUAGAGGAUGUCCUCAGCAGGAGAGUGACAUUGUCUUCUUGAUCGAUGGUUCAGGCAGCAUCCGGACACAUGAGUUUCAGGAGAUGAAGGAGUUUGUAUCAACUGUGAUGAACCAAUUCACAGAGUCCAAAACCUUGUUCUCCUUAAUGCAGUACUCUGAAGAGUUCUGGACUCAUUUCACCUUCAGCGAUUUCAAGAGAAACCCGAACCCGAGGUCUCUGAUAAACCCAAUCAAACAGCUGAGUGGUAGGACGCACACCGCCACAGCAAUCCGCAAAGUAGUAACAGAACUCUUCCAGAGCUCCAAUGGGGCCCGAGAGAAUGCCGUGAAGAUCCUAGUUGUUAUCACAGAUGGAGAAAAGUUUGGUGACCCCUUGGGCUAUGAGCAAGUCAUCCCUCAAGCUGACAGAGCGGGGAUCAUUCGCUAUGUCAUUGGGGUCGGGGAUGCCUUCCGCAGUGAGCGGAACAGAGAAGAACUUAACACCAUUGCGUCCAAGCCUUCUCAGGAUCAUGUAUUCCGGGUGAAUAACUUUCAAGCUCUGAAGACCAUUCAGAACCAACUGCAGGAAAAGAUCUUUGCCAUCGAAGGUACUCAGACAGGAAGCGCCAGCAGCUCCUUCGAGCACGAGAUGUCCCAGGAAGGGUUUAGCGCUGCUGUCACCUCUGAUGGUCCCUUGCUGGGUUCUGUGGGGAGCUUUGACUGGUCAGGUGGGGCUUUUCUCCACACAUCCAAGGAUCAAACCACCUUCAUGAAUGUAACCAGAGUGAACUCAGACAUGAAUGAUGCAUACCUUGGUUAUGCUUCUGCGGUCACCUCGAGGAAUAAGGUGCAAAGCAUAGUCCUGGGGGCGCCCCGGUACCAGCAUAUUGGCCUGGUGGUAUUGUUCAAGAAGGAUUUUAGGGUCUGGGAGCCCAGCAUGUCCAUCAAGGGCAGCCAGAUUGGCUCCUACUUUGGGGCCUCCCUGUGCUCCGUGGACGUCAGCAGAGAUGGCAACACUGACCUGAUCCUCAUUGGGGCCCCGCAUUACUAUGAGCAGACGCGAGGGGGCCAGGUGUCCGUGUGCCCCAUGCCCAGGGGGAGGGCUCGGUGGCGGUGUGGGUCUGUUCUCCAUGGGGAGCAGGGCCAUCCCUGGGGCCGCUUUGGGGCGGCCCUGACAGUGCUGGGGGACGUGAACGGGGACAAGCUGACAGACAUGGCUAUUGGAGCUCCAGGAGAGCAGGAGAACCGGGGUGCUGUCUACAUAUUUCAUGGAUCACCAGAGUUGAGCAUCAAACUUACCUACAGCCAGAGGAUCACAGGCUCCCAGCUCUCCCCCAAGCUCCAGUAUUUUGGUCAGGCACUGAGUGGGGGCCAGGAUCUCACAAUGGAUGGCUUGAUGGAUUUGGCUGUAGGGGCCGAGGGGUACCUGCUGCUGCUCAGAGCUCAGCCAGUAUUAAGGGUCGAGGUGUCCAUGGAGUUCAAUCCCAGGGAAGUGGCAAAGGAUGUAUUUGAGUGUGGCAAAGAGGAGACCGGAAGCAAGGCUGCUGGAAAGGUCACAGUCUGUCUCCGAGUCCGCAAGAACACAAGGGAUCGGCUCAGAGAAGGGGAUAUCAAAAGCAUCAUCACGUACGACCUCAUCCUGGAUUCUACCCGUCUACGUGCCGUCUUCACGGAUACAAACAACCAUACACGCAGACACAUACAAACCUUGGGACUGGCACCAAAAUGUGAUACCUUAAAUCUACAGUUACCGACCUGUGUUGCAGAUCCCGUGAUCCCCAUCAGCCUGCGCCUCAACUAUAGUCUGGAGGGGGUCCCCUUGGUCUAUUCUGGGGGCCUCCGGCCGGUUCUGGCUGAAGAUGCUCAGACAAUCUUCACUGCCUCAUUUCCCUUUGAGAAGAAUUGUGGCAAUGACAAUGUUUGCCAGGAUGACCUCAGUGUCUCCUUCAGUUUUCUGGGCCUGGACUCCUUAGUAGUAGGUGACCCCCGAGCCUUCAAUGUGACGGUGACUGUGGGCAACGAUGGUGAGGACUCCUACGCCACGCAGGUGACCUUUUACUACCCAUCUGUCUUGUCCUUCCAGAAUGCAUUCGAAACCCAGAAUCAGCUCAUUCUGAAAUCUAUGGAUUGUAAUCCUGAGGUCUCCAUCCAAGGGCCUGGGGCCUUGAAGAGCACCACCUGUAGAGUCAAGAACCCCAUCUUCCCCGGCAACUCACAGGUCACCUUUAACGUCUCAUUUUAUGUGGACCCUGAUGCUUUCCUUGGAAAGAAACUACUCUUCAAGGCCAACGUGACCAGUGACAACAACAUGCCUAAGACCAGCAAAUCUGAAUUCCAACUGGAGUUGCCUGUGAAAUACGCUGUGUUCAUGGUGGUCACCAGUGGUGAAAGUUCUACGAAGUAUUUCAACUUCACUGCCACAGAGAAGACCAGUGAGGUGAUAAAGCAUCAAUAUCAGUUCAAAAAUCUGGGUCAUAGGAGCCUCCCUGUCAGUGUGGUUUUCUGGGCUCCUGUUCAGCUGAAUGAGGUGACUGUAUGGGACCACCCCCAAGUCAUCUUUGCUCAGAAUCUCUCAAGCACCUGCCGUACUGAAGAGAGGCGUCCCACUCAAUCCGACUUCCAGGAACAGCUUACAAAGACCCCUGUGGUGAACUGUUCCAUUGCUGUCUGCCAGAGAAUCCAGUGUGACAUCCCAACCUUCAACAUGGAGGAAGAAUUUGAGGUGGACCUCAUAGGCAACCUCUCUUUUGAUUGGUAUAUCAAGAAGUCUCAUGGCCACCUUCUGCUGGUGAGCACAGCGGAGAUUUUGUUCAAUGAUUCCGAGUUUGCACUGCUUCCAGGACAGGACAUAUUUGUAAAAUCCCAGACUGAGACUAAAGUGGAGCUGUAUGAACUUCACAACCCUGUGCCGCUCAUUGUGGGCAGCUCCAUCGGGGGGCUGGUGCUCCUGGCCCUUAUCACUGCAGGGCUCUACAAGCUCGGCUUCUUCAAGCGGCAGUACAAGGACAUGAUGGGUGAAGCUGCUCCCCAAGAGACACCGCCCCAAUAACAAGUUUUCCAUGAAGUGGCCUUUCCAGCAACAAACUGGACUAUCUUGCCAGUCCCCCAGACUGCUAGACAGACACGUCCUAGAGGAGACUGGGUGUUGAGAUGGGACCUUCUCUAGCUUUCUAUCCUAGAGUCUGUAUGUCUGCAUGUAUGUCUGCGUGUGUGUGUGUGUGUGUGUGUGUGUGUGUGUGUGUGUGUGUGAUCUGUGAUUCAAGUGUCUUUUGCCUGUGGGUGUCCAGCACAGUGUGUUCUCUUGGGCAGAAGGAACUUGCUCAGCUUCCUUGUGAGUGGGUGAAGAUGCUGGUGGACCUUUGUUUGAGGGCGGAUGUAGAGGGAAGUGAGCCUGGGCUCUCUUUGUGGAAGGAAGUGGGGCAGUGUGUGGGCAAGCCUGCAGACAGGAGGGGCCUGUGGAGCCAGCCCUGAGUGGACCCAAGGGGUAGAACCAAGAACCCAGGAGCUGAUGAGCCUCUCUGACUCAAAUCAGAGUCCUGGGUCCCAGUAAGGACAUCUAGUGAAGAAUGAGACAUCUCCCUUCUACCUAAGCAUUCGUUACACUGAUGAUACCUUUAUCCUUUCCAAAUCUUCCCAUUGUACCAGAAAUCAAAAGACACACUCAGGCAUCUAUGGAACACAGUCUCCUUUCCUAGCUAGUGAACUCUUCUUCUCAGGGACCGUGAGAGCUGCGUUAGAUUUGAUUCUCCUUCAGCAAAAUUCAAGGCCAUGUACAAAUAGUCACACAGGUGCACACAUACCCACAAGCUGUUUUACACACAUGCUAGCAACUUUACCCUGUACUGUAGCUUGCAUUGUUUUGGUCAUUAAUAUGGCUCAGAUCAUUUCACAUCAAUUCAGACUUUCUCAUUCCUGUAUACGACUGCAUAGUAUUCCAUUGUGUGUAUAUAUCAUGCUACAAAUAAUCAGUCUCGUGGGGGGGGGCAUGUAGUUGAGGAGGUGGGAAGUACGGGCUGGUAGGGGAAAAACAAAGGAGGAGGCAACAAUGCUGGA